AUGGACGGCGUGCCGUUAGUCGAAACACUUCUCUCAGAACCUGACACGGCGCAGCCGAGUACGUCAUUAGAGAACAUCGAGGUCGAUCAACCGAGAUCAAAACGCCGCCGUACAUCGGGGAAACCGGGAAAAUCUGGCGCAGGCAGUAAAACAAAACUCGUAAACGCCGUCAGCGAUGAGGCUGAAAAUGGCGGCAAAAACAGUAAACACCCCCAGCAGAGCUCAACGGAAAAAAGUGAUUCAACUUACUGA